ACUUACUUAUUUUGCAGUGCUGGGGAUGGAACCCAGGAUCUUCUGCAUGCUAAGCAAGCACUGUCCCCAUGAGCUAGAUCCCUAAACUGUUUUAGUUUUAUUUUGACAUUGCCCAGUAUAUUGCCCGUGCUGGUCUUCAAUUUGGACUCCUCCUAUCUCAAUCCUGUUAUCCUUAGUAGCUGGGGUUAUAAGAAUUACACCUGGCUCCAAGAAGUGACUUUAGAUUGGGUGAUUGGAUGAGGCCUCUGGCAUUCAAGAGAAACAACAAAAACUACAUCUUUGGACCUAGGGCUAGGCCAGUGCUCGGGCCAGUGCUUAGAGUCCUCCAGUUAGGGAGGAGGGCUGUGGCUCAGUAGUGGAGCCCCUGCUUAGAAUCCUCCAGUUAGGGAGGAGGGCUGUGGCUCAGUAGUGGAGCCCCUGCCUAGAAUCCCCCAGUGAGGGGCAGGGAAGUGGGUCAGUGGUAGAGUGCUGUCUUGGCCUUUGGGAGGCUCUGAGUCCAUCCCAGCAGUUCAGGAACAGUUUGGUUGCCUUGGCCUUUGCGACAGCCAGGAACAGAGAGAAGAGAGGGGUGAGCGACCUCCCAAGGCUGGGAGGCAGUAGGGCCUGUAGGUUUGAUUAUAAACUAGACUGGGAGCCUCUGGAGGCCAGGGCAUCAUGACACAGUAGCACAUACUAUGAGAGACCCCUGCUGGGCCUGGGAGACUGUUCAUGACUUUCUACCAAGCUUACAGUCUGAGUUUGCUGAAAACUUGAAGUGGGAAAAGAGAGAACUGACUCCUACAAGUUGUCCUCUGACAUGCUUAACAUGCCAUGUACAUACACAUACAGGCACAUAAAAUAAAUAAUUUAGGAUGUAAAUUGAAAAGGAGCCCCUUGCAGCUUCUGCAUCAGGAGCAGGGCAGGCAGUAGGAAUGGAGGCCUGGGUUAGGACACAGACCACCAUCCCUGCUUGGUCACACCAGCAUAGAGUCUGGAGCCACAUGGUUCUCUUACUGCCUUUCUACCUGUCUCCCUCCAGGCUGUCCUUGGAUGCCCGUGUACCCUGUGGAGGCUCAAUGCCAGGUCAUAACUCAGCCACUGUGAACUUCAGGACAUAGGAAGAGCCGAGCCAGACCACCACACAGCCACAUCUUUACAGGGCAGCUUGUGGCCUCUGCAGCUCCACAGGAGGAUACACCCCACCCCUGCAUGCAUUGACCAGGCCACUUUCCCAGUUACAGCCUUGUUCGUGACGACCUGUAGGCAGCUCCCAAGAUGGGUGAAAGGAAAGGCCAAAACAAGUACUAUCCCCCAGACUUCAACCCCGAGAAGCAUGGCUCUCUCAACCGAUACCACAACAGCCACCCCCUUCGAGAACGGGCUCGGAAGCUGUCACAAGGCAUCCUUGUCAUUCGGUUUGAAAUGCCAUACAACAUCUGGUGUGAUGGCUGCAAGAACCACAUCGGCAUGGGUGUGCGCUACAAUGCAGAAAAGAAGAAGGUUGGCAAUUACUACACAACUCCAAUCUACAGGUUCCGGAUGAAAUGCCACCUUUGUGUCAACUACAUCGAGAUGCAAACAGACCCUGCGAACUGUGACUAUGUCAUCGUGAGUGGUGCCAGUCGCAAGGAGGAGCGUUGGGAUAUGGAAGACAAUGAGCAGGUGCUGACCACAGAGCAUGAGAAGAAAGAGAAACUGGAGACAGACGCCAUGUUCCGCCUGGAGCAUGGCGAGGCUGACCGUAGCACACUGAAGAAGGCCCUCCCCACGCUCAGUCACAUCCAGGAGGCACAGAACGUCUGGAAGGAUGACUUCGCUCUGAAUAGCAUGCUCCGCAGGCACUUUCGGGAAAAGAAGAAAGCCAUGCAGGAGGAGGAAGAGAAGGACCAGGCACUGCAGGCGAAGGCCAGCCUAGCCAUCCCUCUCGUGCCAGAGUCAGAGGACGACCGGAGGCUGGCCGCCCUGCUAAGGUUGCACACGCUGGACUGUCUCGGCAAAAACGACCCCAUCACCGACUACCUUAGCGUUCCCAACUUGGCGCUGCGACACCGGAAGAAGCCAAUCGCUGCGUGCGUGCAUGCGCAGGCGCCUGCACCAGGACGCGGCUCCGCCCCUCAGCCUGACCCGGCUGCUGCAGUGUAUCCCAGCGCGCCAGGCACCAUGCGUCUGGAAGCCAUCCGUUACUCGCCGGGCUCGCUGCAAAUCCUCGACCAGCUGCAGCUGCCUGAGCACUGCCGCUACGAGGCACUGGGUUCGGUGCAGCAGGCCGGGGAGGCCAUCCGCGCCAUGAAGGUGCGCGGCGCCCCCGCCAUCGCGCUGGUGGGCUGCCUCAGCCUGGCGGUGGAGCUGCGGGCGGGCGCCGGCGGUCCCGGGCUUGCCGCUCUGGUGGCCUUCGUGCAAGACCAGCUGCGCCUCCUCGUCGCCGCCAGACCCACCGCUGUCAACAUGGCCCGUGCCGCCCGCGAUCUGGCUCGCGUGGCAGCUCGGGAGGCGGAGCAGGAGGGUGCCACCGAGGAGACCUUGCGGGAAAGAGUAAUCAGCUUUGCUGAAGAUAUGUUGGAGAAGGACCUCAGAGAUAACCGGAACAUCGGGGACUUGGGAGCCCGCCACCUCCUGGAGCAGACCAGCCCCAGGGGUGGCAAGGUGACCGUGCUAACCCACUGUAACACUGGCGCUCUGGCCACUGCUGGCUAUGGUACAGCCCUAGGUGUGAUCCGCUCCCUGCACAAGAUGGGCCGAUUGGAGCAUACCUUCUGCACAGAGACCCGGCCCUACAACCAGGGAGCCCGGCUGACGGCCUUCGAGUUGGUCUAUGAGCAGAUUCCUGCUACUCUCAUCACUGACAGCAUGGCAGCCGCUGCCAUGGCCCACCAGGGUGUGUCAGCUGUGGUAGUCGGAGCUGACCGGGUCGUCGCCAACGGAGACACAGCCAACAAAAUAGGCACGUACCAGCUGGCCAUUGUCGCCAAGCACCACGGUAUCCCCUUCUACGUGGCUGCCCCCAGCUCAUCCUGUGACCUCCAUCUGGAGACUGGCAGGGAGAUUGUCAUAGAGGAACGCCCUAGCCAGGAGCUGACUGACGUGAAUGGAGUCAGAAUUGCGGCCCAGGGAAUCCGGGUUUGGAAUCCUGCCUUUGAUGUCACCCCCCACGAACUCAUCACCGGUGGCAUCAUCACUGAGCUGGGUGUCUUUGCCCCUGAGGAGCUCCGAGCAGCCCUAAGUGCCUCCAUCUUAGAGGGACAGACCCUAGAUAGUCCCCAGAUGUGACUAGCAGGCUCUCCCCAACCUGCUCUGGUUCCUCUGGUUUUAUAAUAAAGUUCUCAAAUGGCUACCCAAAAGCUCAUCCUCACCCAUACCCCCUCUUCCAGCUGCUGAAGCAGACUGGAUUUACCAGGCUCUGCAGAGUCCCAGCAUCUACAACAAAGCUGCCCAAGUUCACAUUCCAGCUCCUCCUGUGUAUGACCAUGCAUGGGGUACAAAACCAAGUGUGGGGAUACAUACCUGUAAUCCCAGCUCCUGGGAGGCUUUCUUUGGGUUUUAGGCUACCCUGGGCUACAGAUUGAAAAAAACAAACAGGAACAUAGGGAUAAUGAGGAUGGUCUUAGCUGCCUUUGAAGUAUUUGGGCUUUUUUCAAGACAGGAUUUUUUUUUUUUUAUGUUUUAUAAAAUCUUUAUUGACAAAUAAUUCACAUAGUAUACAAUUUGUCUGUUUGUACAAUUUGAUAGACUUUAGUCCAGCAUCCUCAUAGGCCCAUGACACCAUCACCACUUUCUAUUUUAGAACAUCGCUAUCUUCAAUUUCAUACACACAUAUAAUGUAUGGUAAUUACAUUCCAUCUAAUCUUUUUAAAUGAACAUAAUAUCUGCAAUUGUAACCAUUUUUUUAAGUUCACAUUUCAGUGGCAUGAAUUACAUUCAAGAUAUUAAUUACA